AUUGUAUUCGAUAUUUGUAUUUUAUUGUAAACACUAAUUUAAACGUGUUGUUUACUAUACUUUUUCUACGACCGUUAGUUUUUUGGUACAUUUUUGCGAAACAACACGAAUACAUUCACUGACAUGAUCGUCAGAAUUCACCAACGUUAAAAUUGAAGCCGUGCGAUUGUUCUCUCCCAAAUCUGUGCGGUAAUAUCCUGGAAAUAAUGGAGUGGAACAAAUUUAUUAACUCAAUAGAGAAAUAAAAUAAUAAUUAAUCAAUGAAAUCAAACAGUGGCUUAAAUGGCUGUGAUUGUAGCUUUCUUCAAUCCAUCUACGCAAGAGCUGUUGCAGAUUACAAAAAAAUUAAAAUAAUAGAUCAACAACAAAAACUAUGUUAUCAAUAGGUGUAGAUAAUGAAACAAUAAAUAUAACUGUUAUAAAUCAGCGGUAGUAGGAGUAUAAAUAUGUUUUAUUUUAGUUUUGUUAUUGAGUCACCAUUGAAUUUGACACUAACGGAGUUCAGCGGAGCGACUAUGUAAUAAACGAGUGACUUAAAAAGUUUGCCAAACGUAUUGCAUAUUUUCCUUUUUCUAUGACCGUGAGCUUUUGGGUACGUUUUUGCAAAACAACACGAAUACAUUUAAUGACAUGACCGUCAGAAACGACAAACAUCAGAAGUCGUGCAGUCAAAUCUCCGAAAACAAUCAAUUGCUCCCAAAGGGCUCGGAUCCGUAAGAAAAGAAAUUGACGUGCUAAAGUGACGCUUUCCGCACUUUAGAUAUAGUGUAUAAUUAGGUGUUUCACAGAAGAGGGUAACGUCAAGAGAUUCUGGCACAUUUUCAUCCAUCACCGCUGUUUGUUUUCUUCUAGACUACACAGGCAGUUUUAAUUGAUUAUAAUUCACGCGAAUGAUUGACCGAACGGGUCACAAUUCAGUCGAACGGCGUACAGCGACCGCGAGAGUAACAAUAUGUUGAUAAUUGUCCUACUACUUGGUAAAGUCGUCAGCUCGUCGCUUACUGAUACGCUAGGAUUAGUACACGUGCUCGUUCGGCAUGGACACCGGAAUCCGAGCCUCUCGGAACUCUACCCCAGUAAUCCCUACCUCGACGAGAGUUUCUACGCGCCCUACGGCUACGGUCAACUAACAAACAAAGGAAUUAAAACACUUUAUCGGGUGGGUCAACGUCUGAGACUGAGGUAUGAUGCGUUUCUCGGAAAGGAGUGGAACGUAAAAAUCGUAAAAGUACGUAGUACCGCCAAAAGCCGCGCCAGAAUGUCGGCGGCCGCCUUGCUGGCCGGGUUGUGGCCGCCAUCGAACGAUCAGGAGUGGGAUCCUACAUUCCCUUGGUUACCGAUACCCUACAGUUACGUGCCUGCUGAAAACGAUCGGGAACUGGACCCGUUCAACGCAUGCUCAGAUCAGUUCUGGGAGGAACUCAACCACAUUUUAGAAGACAAACGGAUCGCCGAGUACAUGAAGCGAUACGACGAGACCCUGAGGAUUAUGUCGCUGAAUUUGAAAAGAAACUUCACGUCUCCCGAAGCUUUUGUGUUGUAUUUCGGAUUCUUGAUCCAGGAUCAACUGGGAUUCCCGCCGGAAAGCUGGACGGAAGCGAUAUAUCCCGAACCUCUAAGGUCUUUGGCUGUGGAUUACUACUAUCUCGAGUCGAAUACGACGAGGAUGAGGCAAAUAAUGGCCGGCUACUUUAUUGAGAAAAUUCUGCUCGACAGCGAGAUGCAAACCAACGGUAAACUUGAGCCGCUGGGAAGAAAAAUGUUCGUGUACGUUGCGCACGAAAUCAACUUGGCUACCUUUCUACUGUCGCUGGACACCUUUAGCGUCACCGAUGUGCCCCCUUACGGAUCCUACGUCAUCCUGGAAGUUCACAACAUGGAUGGGGUCCACGGAGUCAGGUUGUUCUACGAUGAUUAUUCGACCAGCGGAUUGCAUCGUCUGAAACUGCCCAGUUGUGGAUACUUUUGUCCUCUGACGGAUUUCCGGGCCCUUUUAAAAAAUAUCAUACCCAAAUCCAAUCAGGCGUGUAUAAGUUGUGCUUACACGAACCACAUAAUGCCGAACCGAUCGAUGCUGGAUUUUUCCAGACUUAACAUGACUUACGCGGGAAUAUGGCGAUUCGGACCGAGCUCGAAGCGACUUAUACGUUUCUUGUAUCUUCUCUACUCGACAUUUGUCUUCAUUUAUUUCCCUGUAUUUCUAACGUCCUUAACCAUCCAGUUCUCCAUCAUGUUGAGCUUCGACGAAGAGUUCAAAGCCGCCCCGCAAAAGGUAUUCAGGACUAUAACGCUAAUGAUUACUCUAUGGACAGUCGAGAUCAAAGCCAAACUGAUCCAGACCGCAAGAAUAAAACGCAUCAUCGCUUACAUCCUCGCAGAGGAGACCAAGAUUAGACACUCGCCAGAUGAGGACGUGGCUCGUUGUUAUUUCGAGCAGGCAAAGUUCUGCAGAAGAUCCAACCUAAUUAUUUUCUCAGUCACCAUGACCGUUGCAACGUCCAUGAUUGUAGGGAACUUCGUGCAAUGCCGCCAGGUGGAGCAACAUAACCGAUUGCGAAACGACACCAUAUCGAAGUCGUUCACCUACGAACUGUACUACGCGGGCUUGGACAGGAAAAUGGCGGAGAGUGUGCUGGAAGCUACAAACGACCUGUCUGUACUCAUAGCUGCUUCGCUCGUUUCCAGCACCCAGCUCGUUUUUAUUUCCUGCAUGAUAUUCGCCACAUCGUUGAUCAAGAUCAUGCAGAUCCGGUUCAGGAAAAUGGUCACCUACGGCGACGACGUCGUGGUUACUUUGAGGGACCUGGUACUGGAGCACCAGAAGGUUAUUGAGUACGUAGUUAUAACGGGUGACCCUGAACCUUUGAUCAGUUUUGUAGACCAGUUGAAUGCCGCAAUGAAGAACCUCAUACUUCUGGAGUAUCUUCUUCAUUCCCUGAAUUUCGCUUCGGUGUCGAUACAGUUCAUUAAGUCGGAACGCAACAUUUCUAUGGCGUUUCCGGUGUGCUACUUGGGUCUACUGGUGGUGCAGACGUUCUUCCUCGGAUGGAACGCCAACGAGGUUAAAAUACAGGUGAUAUUUUGCACUUUUAUACCAGGGCAUCCCUUACUAAAGAUGCUAACGAGUCUGAUGAUGGCGGACGCUCUGUACGAAAGCCCGUGGUACGAGCAAACCCAAGAAGUCAAAGGACUGCUGCUCGUAGCCUUAACGCGAUCGCAGAGACCCCUGACGCUGACCAUCGGACCUUUCGACGCGAUGACCGUCGAAUCGUCUUUGACGAAUGCCGGUGUCUCUGGAAAGUACACGUUUAUCCAUUUGGUGAUAUCACAGGUCGACGGAAUGAACGACAUCGGCGUCUUGCUGGCGGUAUUACUGACGUUGUGGUCUUCGUCGAUAGCAUUACCACGGCUCAAACGCCCGCGUUCUACUUUGGAACUAGUACACGUGGUUCAUAGGCACGGCGACAGAACUCCCGAUGCCGGUAGCAUUUACGAAGGUAACCGAUUCACGAACGAGAGCUACUAUUUGCCUUACGGUUUUGGGCAGUUGACAAAUGAAGGCAAACAAACAGAGUACAACCUAGGCUCGGAGUUGCGGCAACGGUACAGGGAGUUCCUGGGCGAUGUUUGGAACAUAGACCUCAUCGAGGCGAGGAGUACAGACCUGGACAGGACAAAAAUGUCGAUCCAGCUCAGCCUGGCCGGCCUAUGGCCGCCCACCGGAGUAAACGAGUGGAACCUUCUCCUAAAUUGGCAGCCCAUACCGUACAAUUAUCUACCUGUCACAGAAGACAAGGAGCUGUUCGGGCCGUUUGGAGCCUGCAGUACAAAGUUCCUCGCUGAACUGAACGCUGUAAUAUCCAGUGAAGAAACCUCCGCCUACAUAGAAGCCCGUUACAGUAAGAUCUUAGAGGUUUUGGUUAAUAACACCGGAUCCGCCAGUUUGCUGAACGCUUUUAGCGUUUACUUAACCCUGGUGGUUCAGGAGGAACUGGGUCUCCCUCUCGACGAGUGGACGCAAAAAGUAUACCCCGAGCCUUUGAAAUCAUUAGCGGUAGAUUUUUACUACUUGGAAACAAUAAACACGCCGCUAAGGCGGAUCAUGGCGGGGUAUUACUUAAAGAAAGUGCUCUCAGACACGGAACGGAAAAUUAAUGGGACGCUGACGCCUUCGACCAGGAAACUGUUCCUGUAUUCUGCGCACGAGCAAAAUAUCGCGGGCCUUGUGCUCUCACUGGACGUUUUCGAGCUGAGAGACGUGCCAGCUUACGGCUCAUAUUUUAUCGUCGAACUGCACAAAAUAGAAGGGGUGUGGGGCAUAAAGCUUUUUUAUCAGAAUUACGAAACCAAGGAGCCCAGGGCACUCAGUCUCCCCGGAUGCGACACAUUUUGUCCUUAUGAUGAUUUCGUUCGGCUUGUAGAAGACAUUAUACCCGAAUCGGACUUUGAUUGUACUGGCUAGAUCGCGCCACUGUAAUUUCUGAAACAAAGCUUUUAUGUUAAAUGUUUGCAAAAAAUAUUUAGAAAACCAUAAAUAUAAUGAGAUUGUCACUGCUUGAUCAGUGGCGCAGCAACAAACUUAGCGAUAACUUUUUGUACGUCGCCACCUACGACCGCAUUAUCAAACUGCAAGUACAUGGCUUCUGAGUGCCGUGAGUAGAUGGCAGUAGCAACCCAUAAAAAGAAAUAACAUUUAAAUUAUUUAAAGAUAGACUGUUGUACACUAAAGUAUACCACCAAUCUUGCAGCUUUAAACACAUUAAUAUUAUAAUUCUACUCGAUUUUUCAUGUUAUUUCAGCCGCCAACUAUUAUCUAAACACUAUAUUUCAAAAUUCAAAAUUUUAGAUGCUGCAAAUAAAAGACGAUUCCCAAAAAAGUACUAAUUUCAGCAGUGUUAUCUGAAAACAACUAUACGCCACCUUUUUCGUUAUAGUCGUAAGGUUUCUUCAAAAAUAUUAUUAAUCUACGCAUCAAUCUUGCAUCUAUAACGGCGUCAUCUAUUAUCAACUCUGAAAACCAUGGACGCCAAAAGUUUUAUGGAGUGUGAAUCGAUGUCACAACUUAAAUGUCAGAAAAAUAUUCUGUGGUUUGGCCUCUUUUAUUAAUUAAUUCUGUGUUUGACCGAAUCCACUAAUGCUGACAGAACUUUUUGGUCGGAUGCCCGAAAUAUAUCUGUUUUGUUCUUCGCAGGCUACUAAAAUUUAAAAAAUCCCGUUGGCACUAUUAGGGCAGGAUUUUCUGAAAUCAAGUACAUGAGUGCCGUGAGUAGAUGGCAGUAGCAACCCAAAAAAUAAAUAACAUUUAUAUUAUUUAAAUAUAGAUUGUUGUAUACCAAAGUAUUCUUUAUACACAUUAAUAUUAUAAUUGUACUCGAUUUUUCAUUUUAUUUCAGCCCCCAACUUUAAUCUAAACAUU